AAAUCCUCUGCCAUUUGGCUUCUUUCUGUCUUCCCUUAUACUUGUUCACAUCAACACUCCCUUUCAUUCCCAUCUGGACAUCUUUCCUCAAUUCUUGAAAAUCUUAUAUUGCAUGCCAUUCUUGAAACUUUAUCCAAGUGUUUGAUGCUUUGCAGAAUAAAAAAUGACUCUCAAGGGUGGCACCAGCCAAGCGUGCGCUGCGUGCAAGUACCAGAGGAGGCGGUGCAUUUCCGACUGCCCCUUAGCGCCCUAUUUUCCUGCUGAUCAACCGAAAAUGUUCCAAAACGCGCAUAGGCUCUUCGGGGUCAGCAACAUUUUAAAAAUACUAAAGAACCUUGAUCCAUCCCAAAAGAAAGUUGCCAUGAAAUCCAUUAUUUACCAAGCAAAUGCCCGCGAUAAGCAUCCGGUCUACGGAUGUGUGGCGGAGAUACAAAACCUGUUAUUUAACAUCCAACUCUACGAGGAAGAACUUCAAGCUGUCCAUGCACAACUAGCAUUCUAUAGACAGCAGCAACAACAACAACAGCAAGAGAUCUCAUCCACAACGCUCAGUGAUUCUGUUUCCCAGAUACAAUUGGGAAUGCCCCCUCCUGCUGUUGUUGCUGCUUGUCUUCCACCUCCUCAGCAUGCCAACGGAAAUGGAUUAACAUUGUUCCAUCAAGACGCGCCUUCCCAGCAAUAUAAUGCUGCUGCCAAUGCGGCAUUGCCUGUCCAAUCUUAUCCCUCUUACUCAAAUAACAGCUACGGUGCUUACAAUAAUACUACCUUUGUGGACCCUAAAGAAAAUAAUGCAGUCAAUUCGUUAUGGAUUCAACAAUCAUAUGGUAAUAAUGUUUGCAAUAACAAUACAAUGAUCAUACAAUCUCAGUUACCAGGUUCACAAACAAUUGUUGUCCCACAAGAAGUCACUCAAGACUACGAUGAGAUACAUCCAUUUUUUGACACUAUUGAUGACAGGCAAUCUUAUAUCGAUUCUAAAGAAGCAUAUGACUCGAGUUCAGAAUCAUCACUGAAAGACUCAAGACAGUCUGUGGAGCAUGUUGCUGAGAAUGAAUUAAAGAAUGCUGCAGCAUGUUUCACUCUUACCAGCAUCAACUGAUAGAAUACAAAGGAAUGUAAGAAGAGUGAUAGCAGAGUGGCUUUUUCUUUUGCCACUCAAAAUUUUGUUCCAUUCAGAUGUAACUCAUUGAGAAUGUACUGCCAGUUUUAGAAUAUAGCAGGCUAUAUUUGGUUUUUAGAAAGUUGGCCAUUAGCUUGUUUUUCUAGGUUUACACUAGAAAAGACCAUAAAAUUUUAAAACCUUUCAUAAGCGACAUGGCUUAAGUCUACCAGGAGAAGAAACUCCAUGUCCUUGACCGCAUCUUCAAGAUUAGUAAAUCUUCUUCAUGUUUGUGCCCUUCGUUUGCCAGAAAGUCGGCGCAUUGGUAUGACUCCUUCCAAUAUAUUUAACGGUGGCCUUGUGAGUUUCCAACAAACAUUUGCAAUCUUCAAUAAUAGCCCUCAGGGGGUGAUAUUGUAUGUCCU